AGAGGGCUUGACAGAAAUGGUAGCAGAAGGUGACUGGACCUUUUGAAGCACACAUCCAGAUGAUGCUGAGUACUAUACUAUCGGUGUGAUGAAGGCGUUACAGACAACAGAGUGUGAGUUGCUUGGGUGGAUCUGGCACCAUUGCGCCUCCCUUCACGUAAGUGACUGAGUUGCUGUAGCACUGUCUUCAAAUUUAGAAAAGCUGCAUUCACGCAAGUACUAGCUACACCGAGGGCAAUUUAAUCCAAGGAAGGAAAUAUAUUUAUCUUGGAGAGAAGUAGUGAACAACAGAAUUGUGAGUGCGCCAAUUUCCAGGCGCAUCCCCUGUCAAUACCAUUCUUGUUCAGCAAACGGCAUUCUGGGUGGAGACUGAGGUGCCUCGAUGCUGCUCAAUAGUCAUAACCCGACAAUAUUUACAAAUACUUCAGAUAUUUGUAUUGCUUUCUGAGAAUGGCAUGGCCUUCCCGGGAACCAGGGACCACUAAGUUAUGAAGCUCUUCCCUUCCAGACCUUCCCUGCUCUCCAUCUCCAGUUACUGUCACUGCCUGAGCGUUACCUGCUGUUGCUCUCACGACCAUCUCUGCCCAGCCUGGUACUAACAGCUUGGCUCAGACUCACUUCAACACAAAGAAGAAAAAAAGAGCGAGAGAAGAGAAGAGAAGAAAACCCUCCCCAGCUGCCAUCCAGACACAUAUGGUGCAUAGCUGCCAUUCCCCAGGCUCCCUCCAUACCCGCGGCCUGACCUCUAGCUCCUGGCACUCAUCACACAGCCUAGCCCAGGGCCUGCCAGAGGGAUAUAAAUAGGCUACAUCCAUCCAGGGUGUGGAGCGUGCUCUUGUGUUUCCUUUUUCCCCCAGGUCACACACACGCCCGGUGGGGGUCACACCCAUUUGUUUUCGCUCUUCCCGCUGCCUGGAGCAGUGGGAGCUAGUGGUGGGAACGAGGCGGGAGAGACGAGGCCGAGACCAUGGAGGUCAAUAUGGAUUACUGUCUGGCCCAGGUGGUGCAGAAAGACCUGGGGAGGAAGGUGCAGGUGGGACAGGAGCUCAUAGAUUACAUCCUGGAUAAGGACAGGUCCCAGGAUCUGGAGCAAGACCAGACAGGUCUGGACAGGAUGGUGGACAGCAUCGCUACAACCUGGGUCAACUGCUCCAACUUCAAGGUGGCUUUGCUAGGAAUAGACCUUUUAUCUGCCCUAGUGACAAGGCUACAGGACCGAUUUAGGAACCACGUGGGAACAGUACUGCCCAGUCUGAUAGAUCGUCUGGGUGAUUCCAAAGACCAAGUCAGAGAACAAGAUCAAAUCCUGCUGCUGAAGAUCAUGGAGCAGGCUGCCUCCCCACAGUACGUGUGGGAUAGAAUGCUGGGAGGCUUCAAACACAAGAACAACAGGACCAGAGAGGGAGUGUGCCUUUGCCUCAUCUCAACGCUCAACAUGUACGGAGCUCAAGGCUUAACCCUCAGUAAAAUAGUCCCUCACAUAUGUAAUCUACUAGGUGAUCCCACCAGUCAGGUGAGAGACGGAGCUAUGGGCUGCCUGGUGGAGAUCUACAGACACGUGGGGGAGAGGGUGAGGAUGGACCUCAGCAAGAAGGGCCUACCACAGUCACGGUUGAAUGUAAUUUUCAGUAGAUUUGAUGAAGUCCAAAGAUCUGGGAACAUGAUCCCAUCAUCAGGUUCAGAUAAGAACUUUGAGGAUGAGGACUCUGUGGAUGGGGGCAGGUCCUCCUCCUCCGUAUCGUCCUCCAAGGCGCCCCCCAGUGGGAGGAGGACUGUAGCUCCAGCUUCUGUCCGCAGGCCCAGCUCUGCCACCGGACCCGGCAAGAUCUCUGCUAAAGAUGCUGCUGCAGGAGCAGUAGAUGAGGAGGACUUCAUCAAGGCUUUUGAAGAGGUUCCUUCUAUCCAGAUCCAUUCCAACAGAGAGAUGGAGGACAACCUCUCCAAGGUCCGGGAGGUUCUGUCUGACGACAAAAACGACUGGGAGCACCGAGUCAUCGCUCUGAAGAAGGUGCGUUCUCUGCUCCUGGCUGGAGCGAUGGAGUAUGAUAGUUUCCCUCAGCAGCUCCGUCUACUGGAGGCCCCUCUGAAGCUUUCGGCUAAAGACCUGAGGUCUCAGGUGGUACGAGAGGCCUGCAUCACACUGGGAUACCUGUCCACGUUAAUGGGCAACAAGUUUGACCACUGUGCAGAGACGCUAAUGCCCACACUGCUCAACCUGGUGCCCAACAGUGCCAAGGUCAUGGCCACGUCUGGGAUGGCAGCCAUACGGCUCAUCCUCAGGCACACACACUACUCACGUCUCAUCCCCAUCAUCACUAGUAACUGCCUGUCCAAAUCAGUGGCCGUCAGAAGGCGCAGUUAUGAGUUCUUAGAGUUGUUAUUACUAGAGUGGCAGACGCACACACUGGAGAGGCACGUGACUGUUCUGACGGAGACCAUCAAGAAAGGGAUACAUGAUGCCGACUCAGAGGCCAGAUCCGUGGCCAGAAAGUGUUAUUGGGGUUUCCAUGGCCACUACAGCCGGGAGGCAGAGCAUCUGUUCCAGGCCCUGGAGUCGAGCUAUCAGAAGGCUCUCCAGUCUCACCUGAAAAGUUCUGACAGCAUUGUGUCCCUCCCCCAAUCAGACCGCUCAUCCUCCUCCUCUCAGGAGAGCCUCAACCGGCCCCUGUCUGUCAAGAGUGUCAUAGGUGGCAGCAUAACAAGGGGUAAGAUGGUGAGUUCCAGGGUGAACUCUAACCCAGGCGGUUCUCUCCAGCGUUCCCGUAGUGACAUCGAUGUGAAUGCCGCGGCCAGCGCCAAAUCCCGUCUGGUUAUCGUGCCCUCCGCUUCUCCCUUCAGCUCAGCCGCUGCUCUGCCCCCAGGCUCCUACGCCUCUCUAGAUGGCACACCUGGUAAAAUUCAUACUGGUCGUGUGCGUACGAGGAGGACAAGCGCCGGCAGUGCCGUCGGAGCCAGCGCUACUGUGACUGACAGCAGGGGGCGCAGCCGAGCCAAAAUGGUAUCCCAGUCCCAGCGAUCCAGAUCUGCUAACCCCACUGGCGGUGGUAAGGCCCGGACUUCAUCCAAUCAGACUGGCAGUCGCUCCAGUUCCCCUGGGAAGCUGCUGGGCCACUCGUCUGGGUACGGGAGGAUCAGCAGGCCCCCCUCAGCCUCCAGCACCCCUGUAGACAAGAGGAGCAAGGUCCCCCGCAGCCAGGGCUGCAGUAGAGAUUCCUCUCCCAGCCGACUGGGACUAGCGAGGAGCCGUAUCCCCCGGCCCAGCAUGAGUCAGGGCUGCAGCAGGGAAACCUCUAGGGAAAGCAGCAGAGACACCAGCCCUGCUCGGGCCUUCAAGCCUCUUGCCUCCCGACGUACUUCCCGCUCUACCAGCGCCCUAUCUACGGCUGACCCCCACGGCCAGUCAGAUCGGUUUGGUUUGAUCCACCAGGACCGCAUCUCUGCCUCAGUAAACGCCAUGAAAGUCCUCAACACUGGCACUGAGGUCGAGGCUGCUGUGGCUGAUGCACUGCUAUUAGGAGACUCCAGAAAUAAGAGGAAGCCUAUAAGGCGGCGGUAUGAGUCUCCAGGUAUCUAUUCUGACGACGAUGCUAACAGCGAUGCGUCCAGCGCUUGCUCGGAGCGCUCGUACGGGUCCAGGAACGGAGGUAUCCCUCACUACCUGCGUCAAACGGAGGAUGUGGCGGAGGUGCUAAACCACUGUGCCAGCUCAAACUGGUCAGAGAGGAAGGAGGGGCUGCUGGGUCUGCAGAAUCUACUCAAGAACCAAAGAAUACUCAGCCGAGUGGAGCUGAAGAGACUAUGUGAGAUCUUCAGCAGGAUGUUUGCAGAUCCACACAGCAAGAGAGUGUUUAGUAUGUUUCUGGAGACUCUGUUGGACUUUAUCUUGGUGCACAAAGAAGACCUGCAGGACUGGCUGUUUGUCCUGCUCACCCAGCUACUGAAGAAGAUGGGAGCUGACCUGCUGGGGUCUGUCCAGGCCAAGGUCCAGAAGGCUCUGGACAUCACCAGGGAGUCUUUUCCGUUUGAUCAGCAGUUCAACAUCCUGAUGAGGUUCAUUGUUGACCAGACACAGACACCCAACCUCAAGGUGAAGGUGGCCAUCCUGAAGUACAUAGAGUCACUGGCAAAACAGAUGGAUCCUACAGACUUUGUCAACUCCAGUGAAACCCGACUGGCUGUAUCUCGCAUCAUUACCUGGACCACAGAGCCCAAGAGCUCCGACGUCAGGAAGACCCUUCAUAACUGGGUGGUGGAGGAGCUAUCAGGCAGGUCCACUACUGCAGCCUUACUGUCCCAGCAGGCCGGGGAGGGGCAACUGGAAGAAUGGUGUAAGCAGGCGGCCCAGGUUGUGCUGAUCUCUCUGUUUGAGCUGAACACCCCAGAGUUCACCAUGCUGCUGGGAGCCCUGCCCAAGACCUUCCAGGACGGGGCCACCAAGCUGCUCCAGAAUCACCUGAAGAACUCCAGCAACACCAGCAGCGUGAGUUCUCCCAGCAACGCUAUUGGGCGGACCACAAGCCGCCACACCCCUAGCCGGACCAGCCCCCUCACUUCCCCGACCAACUGCUCCCAUGGGGGGCUAUCUCCCAGUCGGUUGUGGGGUGGGUGUUGGAGUGGCGAUGGGCUAUCUAAGCACCCCCCUCCCCCUCAUCCUCCUCCGCCUCACUCCACCCCCGCAGGCCCCGCCCUCAGGGUCCUCCGCAGAGCGUACUCUCCCAGUAUGUUGGAGUAUGACACAGAGAACAUGAACUCUGAUGAGAUCUACAGCUCCCUGCGAGGGGUCACAGAGGCCAUCCAGAGCUUCAGCUACCGCAGCCAGGAGGACCUCAACGAGCUGAGAGGGAAGAGGGACGAUGCUGCGGGACGGGAAGGUGUUGCGCCCUCCCCAGGCUCUGAUGCCCGUCUGGGGUUGGAUGUGGUGGAGGGUGGGCGGACGGCCCUAGAUAACAAGACCUCCCUUCUCAACACCCCGUCUCCCCGCUCCUUCUCUGGGCCGCGAGCCAGAGAUUUUGCCCCCUACGGAUACGGAGACACCAUCACCUCAUCCUACGACAAGAGUGCCCUGAAGGAGGCCGUGUUUGAUGACGACGUGGAGCAGUUUAGAGACUGCCGUCGGCAGGAUGGCAGUGGGGAAAACAAGAUGGUGCUGCCUAAGGGAUUUGCUCCUGGUUCCCAGGACCACUCGGACCUGGUUGCAGACCUGCUGAAGGAACUGUCUAAUCACAAUGAACGCGUGGAGGAGCGUAAGGGGGCGUUGGUGGAGCUCCUGAAGAUCACCCGGGAGGACAGCCCGGCCGUGUGGGACGAACACUUCAAGACCAUCCUCCUCCUGCUCCUGGAGACACUGGGGGAUAAAGACCACACAAUCCGUGCCCUGGCACUGAGGGUACUGAAGGAGAUACUGCGGAACCAGCCGGCCCGCUUCAAGAACUACGCUGAACUCACCAUCAUGAAGACCCUGGAGGCACACAAAGACUCCCACAAGGAGGUGGUAAGAGCAGCGGAGGAGUCUGCCUCCACCCUGGCCGGCUCCAUCCACCCAGAGCAGUGUAUCAAGGUGCUGUGUCCCAUCGUCCAGACGGCUGACUACCCCAUCAACCUGGCUGCCAUCAAGAUGCAGACCAAAGUGAUAGAACGCAUCACCAAGGAGUCCCUGCACCAGCUGCUGCCUGACAUCAUACCAGGACUACUGCAGGGUUAUGACAACACAGAGAGUAGUGUUCGCAAGGCCAGCGUGUUCUGUCUGGUGGCCAUCUACUCCGUGAUUGGAGAAGAGCUCAAACCACACCUGCAGCUACUCACGGGCAGCAAGAUGAAGCUGCUGAACUUGUACAUCAAGAGGGCUCAGACAACCAACAGCAACAGCAGCAGUUCCUCGGAUGUCUCCUCACACAGCUAGCUAACGGAGCAGAGGGAGGGAAACACUGAUCCAUCUGCCUGUACUGUGGAUCUGAAUUGGGGGGAAAAGGGUUGCUUCCCAAAUUGUCAUCCUUUUCCCUAUAUAGUGCACUUUUGGGCUUUGGUUGAAAGCAGUGCACAAUAUAGGGAAUAGGGUGCCAUUUGGGACGAAGCCAUAGUCGUGCCUCUUCCAGACCUCUCCAUUCCUGAGCUUUUCUUCUCUCCUUCACCCCACUGGACUCCUCUGGGUGACCCUAUGACCUGCUCAUCGCUUCAACCACCCCUUCACUUACUUUGCUCUUUUCUUUUUCUUUCCGGGGAACUUGUACCUUCAUUAGCCCCCCCCCCUUUAUUGAAGUUUUUGAAUGCAAAGGAGGUCUGGGUGAAGGGCGCUUUAACGCUUUUGGACUUUACUAUAAGACCCUGAAUGAGAGUCGAGCUGUGUCUGCUUCAACCCUCUAGUUCACUAGCAAUUUUUUGUAAGGUAAAGAUCGGAUGUUCAUUAUGUUGAGCAUUCAGAGUGUAGGGGGGAAAACAUAACUAAGGGUUAUGAUAUGGUCCAAUAAGAAUGGUACGUAUGGUCCAAUACCAAAUAAUACCCUGAUAUUGAUUCAGCAAAAACAAAACAUCCCUUCAAAUGCAAUUGGAUGAAUAAACACAGCCUGAAACGUCACAGUAGAAUAGGUCCUUCACGUUUAACCAGGAAGUCCCAUUGAGGUCGGAAGACCUUAUUCCUAAGGAGGACCACAUGACAUCCGGUUUGUGAUAAAGAAUCAUAUGGCUGACCCAGUGAUGAUACAAAGCCCUUAUAAACGGGGGGCCAGUAUUAAAAAUAAAAUAAUGUAUGCACUCACUAAGUGUAAGUCACUCUGGAUAAGAGCGUCUGCUAAAUGACUAAAAUGUAAAAAUGUAAUAAACAGUUUGGGAACAAUGAAAACCAAAUAUGUCAGCAAUUGAAGUAGAAUGAGUGGAAAUCUGAUUGUUUUUCUUUAUUAACUGAGGGAUGACGUUAUACAAUCUCGUAAAAAGGAAACAUUUUAAUUUGAAAAUGUUACGUUUGUCAAUCAUUAUAAAGGCUAACUUAAGCCCAGGUAAGCUAACACUAUCUUUUAUUAUUAGUAUCCAUUAGUUUGGGAGAAAUUAUGGCGCAAACAUUGUCAGAGGCCAAUUUGCAGCUAAUAGCUUGGCUAUAACAUGAGAAAAAAUAGAAGUACUGUAUUAAAUAAAUGGUGACCUUCAUUUUUUCAACACAAAAUUGGCAAUCUAAAAUGGAAGCUUUUCAAAAGAAGGAGAGAGGUAAAGAUGCAACUGUGUCUGAAGUUAAAUCUGUUUUUCCAACUCACAAUCAAUUAUGGUUGUGGUUAACUCCAUUUCGAUUGUCAAAUAAAAACAAAUAUUAAGGGAGGAAAAUACACCAAAACAUAACAUUUCUUAACAUUCCCUGAAUCAAUCAAGUGCAAUUGUAAUGGAUCCCUUCCAACUCAGAAUUUGAAUGAGUGUUCUCAACCUACUCAAUGUCCAUGUUGCUAAUGAUGUCACUGAAUGAGUGGGCCAUAAUCAGUCAUGACAACAUACAAACUUGUCAGUGAAAACACUAAACAAAUCCAAAGUGUCACAUUUAUUUAUUCCCACCCUCUUCCCACCUGUGUUGCCAGAUUAUGGCAUUUUACCUGUUAACUAUGAUGCUGCUGUUUAUAACGUAUACAUGUCUGAUAAUGAGUAACAACACUACACUUGUUGAUAAUGUGAAUAUUACAGGCUCAGUUUUGGAAGGAGAUCAGUGGAUUCAUUGAGACAGACUCCUAGUCCUGGAUUAAAAACUAUUCUCAGUGGAGAAUAUCUAUUAAAAGUGUGUUUUAGUCCUAGUCUUAAUCUGUGUCCAGGAAACCGGCCCUACCAGGCUUAUGUUAAUUUUCCACAGUAAUGUUUGGAUCACUUGUACUGUUGAAAAACAAGAUAGAUGUACAUACAGAAGCUCUCAGCUCUUAAAAAUUUGAAACAAUUACUCCAUGAACUACAAUAAACAGGCUUGCAAACCGAUACAAUAAUAUUCACCAUGAUGAUGCAAAUAUUAGUUGUUUAUAAUAAUACAGUAUUACACCCACCUUCCCUUCACGUAACUACAGCUUUUGCAAUAAAGAAAAUACCAUGAUGAGCAAACUUAAGUAUUUUGUACAUAACUGUUGAUCAAUCACCGCUUCGCAACUGUCAUGUAAUGAAAUAAAAAGGUUAAUAUCUCACUUUUUUGCACGUUAGUGAAUUAGCUUGCAUGUUUUUGGGCAGCACAUCCACUUGGUGCUGCCUUUAAUCGAUGGGUCCUGUUUUGGCUGUUGAAGUGCACUUGUAACCUCAUCAGUUUGGUCAGCCUUUACAACAACAGGUAGCCACCUGGCAGGAAUACACUCUCAGAGCUCUGCGAGUUGACCAGAACUUUACGAAGUCUCUGACUUCCCUAGACAACUGUGUACACUGUACAGGGCCUAACCGUCUCAAGGUGCCAAGCAGACAUGUACAGUACUAGUUCUCCUUUAGUACAGUACUACAUAUUUGGGCAUGUGGCUUUUAUUAAAGGUACACUGUGUGUGCGUGCCUUUUUACUAUAGUAAAGUAUCUGGCAUCUAUUCCCAUCUGCUGAACAGUUGUAAAAAUUACACUAAUUGUUUGCUUUGUUUGUUUUUAAAUGGGGCUAUCAUCCUUUUGUAAGUAUGUUCAUUUUAUUUUAUUGUGUGUUAGUGAGAAGCCAAUCGUUUUGUUAAAGACAGAAAGUACUGUAUUGGCUGAUGACCCAUGAAGAUCUGGAUCAUUUUCACAUUAUCUGCUGGUGAUGAUGGUCCCUAAGAGAAGGUAUUCUUAGCAAUCUGUUCACUUUGCAUGUUAUUAUUUGUUUGUUUCUCUUGUUUUGUCAUUUAAGAUUAAUAUCUCUAUUUAUAUAAUUGUUUUAUUUUUGUUUUAUUUUUUCAUGACAACUUGUACAGAAGGGUUUUGUUAACAUCCACCUGUGAUAGAUGAUUUGCCAUCAAUGUACAUUUGUUUGCUCUAGAAAUAAACAAACAUGAAAGUUGA